AUGUCGGUCCGAUUGCGCCUCGCGCGCCACCACUGCACGCGCAACAACCCCGUCUACUCGCUCGUCGCCAUCCGCGCGCCGCAGCGCCAGACCGCCAAACCCCUCGAGCUCCUCGGUUCGUACAACCCGCGACCGGUCGUCGUGCCAGCGCCGUCGGUCUCGCCAAACGGUCAGGUCAGGGACCCGAAGGAGUGGGGACCACGGCAGCACACGCCCAACACGGGCGUCGCCAAGGUCGGGCAGAAGAAGGUCGAGUGGAACCUGGAGCGGGUCCGGUACUGGCUCAGCCAGGGUGCGCUGCCGACAAAGCGCUUUGAGAAGCUGCUCAUUCAGGCCGGCGUCAUCAAGACCAGCCCUCUGCCCGUACCACAAGCCAAUCCCAAGACGAUGGUCGUGUCUCGGAGGAACAGGCUCACACAGGCGAUUCGGGCGGCGGAAAGGGAGCGAGGCGAGGUACCCGCCGCGCAGCGGAUUGCGCAGGAGCAGCUUCAGCAGCGACGACGGAGCGAGGAGCUUGCGACGGUUGCAUGA